CAUACCAGCGGCUCGUUCCCCGCAGCACCGGCACCCCGAUGAAGGUGGAGGUGUUGGUCCACCAGGGCCACAGCUUGCCCGGCGCCAUCCGCCGGCCGGUGGUGGCCAAGGCCGAGGUGGAGAGGGGGUUCACGGCCCCUGGCGUGCGGAGGAUCCGGCUGAAGGAGGGAGGCGUAAGGGGCUCCCUCUUCCUGCCGCCGGGGGAUGGCCCCUUUCCAGGAGUGAUUGACAUGUAUGGUGACGAAGGAGGUUUGAUUGAAUUUAGAUCCAGUCUCCUGGCUACCCAUGGUUUUGCUGCUCUUUCUCUUCCAUAUUUUGACUUUGAAGAUCUGCCUAAGGUCAUGAAAGAAUUCAAACUUGAGUACUUUGAGGAGGCAGCUAGAUUCCUACGGCGUCACCCAAAGGUGAAAGGACCAGGAGUUGGAGUGAUUGGGACUGGGAAAGGGGCAGAAUUAGCACUCUCCAUGAUCACCUUCCUGCCAGAAGUAGUGGCUGCUGUCUGUAUCUCCGGCUGUAGUUCAAACACAGUUGCAGACCUCCAUUAUGGUGAGAUCACUCUGCCUGGGCUGCGUUUUGAUAUUAAUAAGGUCAGUGUUUCUGACGCUGGUGUAUUUGACACUUUUGAAGCUCUGGAUGACCCAAGGAAUCCUGCUAAUUCUCCUUGCACGAUCCCCAUUGAAAAAGCAGAAGGUCACUUUCUCUUAGUGGUAGGGGAAGGUGAUCGUAUGUGGAAGAGCUCCUUAUAUGCAGAGCUGGCAAUCGGGCGUCUACGCCAGCACGGGAAAGAAAACUUUGAACUCUUGAGUUAUCCAGGAGCAGGUCACCGAAUUGAUCCUCCUUCUACUCCAUUUUGUCAGGUAGCUAUGGAUCGUGUUCUGGGGGUGCCUGUUCUGGGGGGUGGAGAGAGCAAAGCACAUGCCCAUGCACAGGAACACUCCUGGGGAAAGAUUCAGGAGUUUCUGCGCUUGCAUUUGGGAUGAACACUUAAGCACCUGCAAGCUGUUGCGGAACAGCAGAGGACUGAGCUUGAGCCACCAAAAUGACUGGUGAAUUGGAGGGACUCACUGAGAAAAGCUUUGAAAUAUGAAAUAACCAAAUGACUACUUAGCUACAAGUAUAAAUCCAAAAAGAAAGGGAUUUAUUUGGACUAGCCUAAGUUAUUUUAACUAGGUACACAGAGGAGAAGUGAAACAAUGAUAAGUAGGCUGCAUUGUAGUACAAAUUUGACAGCCUGAAUUGGUCAUGAUAUCAAGAAACAAGUAUCUGAAGAGAGGAGUAGGUACUUUCUUGCUUGCAGUAUUUAUGGCUUGGAGAAUUUAACAGCUAGCCUGCACCCUCAGCAAUGACAGACGGGAUCACACCUGGGGAAUGAUGGCAACCCAUGGAUGAUGAACUUUGACAUCAAAAUGAUGAAUGAUUCUGGCUUUGGGUCUUAAGUUACCUUAGCCCAGAACUCUCAGAUUUACAGCCAUACACACUUAAGAAAUGUUUUCUAUUUACAUGAAGCUGGGGAUAUCUAUUUGUAAUGAGGUUCGUAUACCUUGACCUUAGGUAGUGGUCUUCUGGUGACACAGUCUGUUUCUUUCCAACAAAAAAUACCUGUAGAGUGGGAAAAUGAAGAGUACUUUUCCUGUCACCCAGGAGAAAGGCAGCACUAGCACUGUCUUGCAUUAGGGAUGUAACCAUCUGUUCCUAUAUUGUCUUGGAUUGGCAUUCGACACUCAGGGUAUUAAAAUUCUGUUGGAUAGGUUAAAGCAUGGUUAAAUGCAGUUAUGCUAUGUGCAAGUCUUACUUCUCUCUUUGUUGCUUGUUUAAAACUUAGUAACACCUGCCACUAAGUUAGGGGUUAAUUACUUGUGGAACUCUUUAGUAAUGAUGUCGACGAAUGCUGACAGCUGUUCUUAGGGAGGGAGAGAGAGAAGGGGUCGCGAGGAUAAAUUUUUUAGCCAGUAGAAGAUUAAGACUGACUGUAAAAAGCUGUCACCUUAUGGCGGUGAUUAACUUAGAAUCAUAAUCCUUAAAAAAAAAAAAAAACAAAACCCCAAACAAAAAACCCAAAACCAACAACCCCCCCACCCCCCAAACCCAAAACAAAAAAAACCCCAAACCCAAAUAUAGGAUAUGUUUUCCAUGACUGCCUGAAAUUGUGGGUGGGUUGGUUAGUUUGUUUUUCAUCCUAAUUAAUUAAUUUUUGGCUAGUGCCUUAUUUUUCCCCACCAUUCAGGUAGAAAGAAACAACUUCUUCCCAAAUGAGUUGAUCUCUGGAGAGGGUCUUGCUGGAAUGGUGCCAGUGCUGAGGGCCUGUUUAACAAGGGCCUCUAGCAAUACAAUUUCUCCUUCCAAGGUCAUUUUGUCAGACCAGUUUGAGAGCUGCCCAGGAAGAUACAAAACCUUCAUUUAUGGUACUCAGUUUUGCUUUGCUCUCAGGGAUCUUUUCUCUCCAGUUAACUGUCAUUAUGCUGCUGCUCAGGUCUCAUUAGCUUUCUGCAACUCUUAUUACUCCUUAUCAUUUGAUUGAAGUCACAUGUUCUCCACACGCCAUCACUGCCAAUUGAACAAUUUAUCCAUCCACUCCUUACAAGAGAAGCUCCGUCCUGCUCGUUCCACACAAAAUGUCUUCAUGCCUAGUCUCUCUAAACUCCCUCACCAGCUGAAGAGGCUCUUGCAGAGUCGUAUCUGGCGCUUGAACCUCCACUAAAACUGGCAGCCCCAGGAGUCCAGGACCACAGCCUGCUGCGUGAUGUGCAUGUUGGUGUCACCUGUGCUUGUACCCUGCCUUUUUUCCAAACGCACUCCAAGUUGCAACCAUAGAGGAAAGGGUUGUCUGAAGGUUCCUCCGUUUGUUCUGUCUGCCUCGUCAUAUGCAUCUUCAGCUGUCAGAGCUGUGUAAUUGGGGUACAGCAGCACCUCCUCCAACCCCGUUUUGUUACCCUCCUGGUACUGAUUCCUGUGUCUCCACACUGCAGUCCUACCUCAGCAUAUCCAUUGCCGUGCAAGAUUGCAAGCCGGAGGUUCAGGAAGUAAAUGUUAAGUUGUAAAUAAAACAAGAACCAGGUAGCGUAAAAGCCCUCAGGCUUUGUUUCUAAAGCACAAGCCUUUAAAAUAAUUCAGUGUUAGAUGUUGUCAGAUAUAUGCAAUUUGAAACGGAAGUAAAACGCUCCUUUAUUAAAAAGCCUGUGUAAGAACUUGAUGUUAUAUUUUUGUUUCUGAAUAGUUCAUUUGUUCAGAAAGCUGAAUGAUCUUUUUUAAACAAAGAAAGGAGGAAAAAGAAUGUAA